GCCGUCGUCGUGCAAUCGCAGGAUAAUUGAAGUCAAUUGAACGCACUUCACUUUGGCCGCAACUUCAUCGAGCGUUUUCUUUUUGACCCAUCGAACUUUCAGCGGGACAUUCUGCAAUCCGCGCAAGGAAAGCCGGCUGAUUCCGUGCAACACACCUCUCGCCCUCCCUCUAUCCAUCCCUCAAUACUCUACAUCAUGGUUCACAAAGUCCUCUUCUGGGGCGGCUUCGGAAUCGCCGUCCGCCUCUGGCAACUCGGCAUCGAAAUGCGGCCCAUCCUCGCCCGCGAAUCCCUGUGGGUGUACCCGCUCUUCGCCGGCGUCGGCGGCAGCUUCGGCUACUGGCUCCAGGGCGUCGAGGAGCGCCAGCUCCGUAUACUCGCACAGCGUCGGGAGGCGAUCCUCGAGAAGCGCCGGAGGCGGGAUGACCGUGAGAACAGCGGCACGUUGAGCAAGGUUGAGGAGAGCGUUCUGGCUGCUGCGGCUUGAAGGACAAGGACGGGGUCCAGAAAGAAAAAUGAAGAUGGAAAAUUAGAAGACUUUGAAGAACAAUGGCUCUUAUCCCUCUCUGCUUUCCGUUGCGGGGAGGGUGGAGCGUGUGUAUAUCUGGGUUGUUGUUUGCUUGCAUGCUUUGUGUGUGGUUGUCCUUUUUAUAUCGUUGUUUGCAACGCCAAUUUUAUAGUUGCUUUUCUUUUGAUUGAUUUACCUGGGUGUAGGUUCCGUAUGGCCCGGAGGGGGACAGGGUGGACGGGGUGGAUUUGUGUGUGGUGGGUUGUUGGAUGUGUAUUGGGGUGUUUUCUGCGUCCAGUUAGGUUGUGGAUGGAAUCUGCGGAAGGCAUGGAUGUGCUUUCCUGCUUGUAUUGGUACGGUCUGCUCAGGAGCCGUGUAGACGGGGUAGAUUCCAGACUGCUAUGUUCAGUCUACAAACAUGCAUACCUUCUAUCCAUGC